CAGCGCCCGGAAUGCGCAGCCGGGCGGGAGCGGCGGAUCGGGACCCACGGGCGGCGCAGCUGGGGAGCUAGACAUUUAGGUCGUCUCUGCUCCUUGUGGGCCUCCUUCUCCUGCUACUCCCAGCAACUCUGCAGCAGAGCCCUCGGCGGGUGACUUGGGGCCCUCUGGCUGCAGAAGAUGGACCAUCUGGCCAACACAGAGAUCAACAGCCAGCGGAUCGCUGCCGUGGAGAGCUGCUUCGGGGCGUCGGGGCAGCCUCUGGCCCUGCCAGGCCGGGUGCUGCUGGGCGAGGGCGUCCUGACCAAGGAGUGCCGCAAGAAGGCCAAGCCCCGGGUCUUCUUCCUCUUCAACGACAUCCUGGUGUACGGCAGCAUCGUGCUCCACAAGCGCAAGUACCGCAGCCAGCACAUCAUCCCGCUGGAGGAGGUGACGCUCGAGCCGCUGCCCGAGACGCUGCAGGCCAAGAACCGCUGGAUGAUCAAGACGGCCAGGAAGUCCUUCGUGGUGUCCGCGGCCUCCCUGACGGAGCGCCAGGAGUGGAUCGGCCACAUCGAGGAGUGCGUGCGGCGGCAGCUGCUGGCCACGGGCCGCCGGCCCGCCACGGAGCACGCGGCGCCCUGGAUCCCCGACAAGGCCACGGACAUCUGCAUGCGCUGCACGCAGACGCGCUUCUCGGCCCUGACGCGGCGCCACCACUGCCGCAAGUGCGGCUUCGUGGUGUGCGCCGAGUGCUCGCGCGCGCGCUGCCUGCUGCCGCGCCUCUCCUCCAAGCCGCUGCGCGUCUGCAGCCUCUGCCACCGGGAGCUGGCGGCCCAGAGGCGGCAGGCGGAGGACGAGGAGCCGGGCGGGGGGCUCCCGGGGCAGCCGGCCCGCCGGGCAGGGGCUGUCGGCGGGGCAUCCAGCGGGGACGACGACGACUCCGAGGAGGACAGGGGGGACGGCGGGGACGGCGACUGGCCGAGCCGCGUGGAGUUCUACUCCUCGGGCGUCUCCUGGUCGUCCUUCCACAGCUGACCCAGGCACACGGCCCGUCGUCACAAGGGCUUGCUGGUCGCCCCGACGUCCACACGGACACCACCGCCCAGGCCCCCAGGAGGGCUUGGAGCCCUGAGGGCGGAGUCCUGAAGCUGCUGGGUGCCCUCAAGGACCCUACCCCACCCGCCCUCCCGGCUGCCGUGGGUGUGGCUCUUUCCCUCUGGCCUCCCAGUGCCUUUUAAGCCUCUCGGAAACAGGACCUUUCUCUCCCUGGGCCUCCUGGAACUGCACAAACUGGUUCAGGCUGGUUCUCCAGCCCCGGCAGAGGGCACACAGCAGGAACAGGUCACGGGGUGAGUGAGGGGCAGCUUCCUAAGACAGAUCUGGAAACCCAGGCCAGGCCACCCCAUCCUGUACCGGGAGUGCCCGGACCCAGCCACUGGCCUCUCUGUCACAGCUUUGCUUCUCUGGAACCUUCCUUUGCCCAGACACCCUGAGGGUCUAAGGUGGGGGGCAGGGGGUCUGCCUACAGCUGAGCCUGGGCACUGCCAGCCUUCUGCAGCUUCCUGACAUGGGACAGAGCCCAGGAUCCUCACCCGGGGCCUUGUAGACCGAGCCGUGUAUGCUGGCUCUGAGAGGUGCUGGUUCGGCCCUCACCACAGUUCUUGGGUCUGCUCCCCUUUCCCCGACAGGGUCAGGUGAGGUGUCGAGGCCUUCAAGGAUGCACGGACUCAGGGUGACCGUGUGUGGUACGGACA